CAGGCUUUGUACGCGUGACGUCACGAACCUGCCUGUCCUGUGGUCUUGUUUUGGCAGCUUGUUUGCUUCUUCGCCUAGCUUGUAUCUGUCCUCAAAGAAGACGCUUUGAACUGCCACGCCAACAAAAAAGCAGCGAUGGUAUCAACUGAACAGUGACCUCUGCAAGCCGGUCCGUGGGGGUGGUGAGUUGUCUUAUCAUGAUGGCGGAUGGAUGCAGCGAUGACGACGUUAUUCACCUGGCAAGUUUCAACGUCCACCGAAGCCAAGGCACCAGCAGCCGCCAGAGGGAGCUCAUCACCAUUUCUGAUGAUUCUGAUGAGGAGGAGGCUGUGCCUUUGGUAACUUGCAGUCCUGUUUUAGUGCCAGACGAUGUUGCAGAAGACGAUGUCAGCAUACUGGAGCAACGAUCUCCUGCACGCCGACUUGUCAUACGGCCACUCGCACCUGCACGCCGACAUGUAAUACGUCCAGCGGCAAAGUGGAACGGGGGCUUAAGAAACUUUCAAGUUGCUGGUCAACACAGUGCAACGUCUGGAGGACCUAAGGGAGACCCAGACUCGCUCCCCUCUACCUCCAGAGAUACUACUUUCCUCAUGGCAGUCAAGAUGGAGGAAGUAACUCAUCCAAACCUUGCCAAGAACUCAGAGCAGCAAAAAGGUGGUGUAAAGAACGAAGAUCAACCCACCUCCACACCAGCUGUCACAAUCGGAGGACAUGCACAAGCACAAGUUGAGCCUAGCACUUCUGGACCUGCACUGGCUGGCUCUGCGGGACAUCCACUAGUUGAGCCCCAGCCAAGCACCUCGAAACAUGCGCUUGCAAAGACACUGCCUGGCUCUUCCACAGUAAAUCAAGACAAGGCUUUCACCAGCACGCAAGACAAUCCUCAGGCAAGUACUUCAUCUGCACAGCAGCCCAAACCUAGCACAUCUGCAGAGCCUCAGCCAAGAGGCAACGCAGCAUUAGUACCACAGCCUGUCCAGGCAAGGAAGUUGGACAUUGUCAUCCUUACACAAAAACCCGUCAUCCAAGCGUCCGCUUUUAUUGCGCCGGCUCAGCAGCAGAGCACGCCCAGGGUCACGACGCAGCCCUAUGUACAUCCUAUGCAGGGCAAUCUUGUUCAGAUUGAACCCAAACCCCUCGCCCAAGCCCCGGCCCAGCCUGUAGUCCAGCCCGCUCAGGGCCCUCAGAUGGUAACUCACUCUGCAGUUCUGAUAGCCGCUGCCCCAGAGAGGCUGGGACCUCCAGAGGCAGGUCACCGGAUCAUGAUAGGAAGCCAGGCAGCCGGGAAGGCCGGUUCCAAUUCCCAACCACAAGGUGGCGCCUCAAAUGGCAACAUAAACUUGAACCCUCCUGCUCUUCCAGCCCCUGUAGCAUCAAGUACCGACAACAGAGUAGAGACACUCUUUCUGGCACCAGACCCAAACCCAGAAAAGAUCAAUCCGGCCCCUGGCUUGGUUGCGGCCCCUAUUAUUCCCGUUAACAUUCCCACAAUAGAGGAUCCAAGGCCCGGUCCCUCUGUGCCACGAGAGACGCAGCCCCUCGCCAGAACUCUCAUCACUGGUGUCUUGGAUCUCUUUCCAGACAUCCAAGAAGCCUAUGUAGCAGAAUUGAUCCAAACAAAUAAUUUGAAAGACUUGAAUGCUGUAUGUAACCUGCUGUUGGAGAGCCCAGAGUACCCAAAGACCGAGGCUGCAGCGGCUGCAGUAGCACCCACAAGCAUCCUACUGGAGUCUGGAGACACCGACACAGAGGUAACGGACGACCUGUUUGAUUACACCAAGCUGGGUCCUGUGGUUUCAGCCACCAUGAUGCAGGCAGCAGACUUGCUCAUGGCAGAUUUCCGGAUGAUCAGCUGCCAGGACAUUAAAUAUGCCCUCAAUGUCCUGAAGGGACACUAUGCAAUCACACGAAAGGCCUUAUUUGAAGCAGUGAAAAAGUGGCAAGAUUCAGGCGACCCCUCAGGAAAGAGACGACGAAGCAGAGCAUCUUCUGAGCGCUGCUUCAUUGAUUUUCAUUUUGAAUACGGUGAGGUGAAAUUUGACAAGAGAAUGUACUUCUUGGAGAAUGACCGCCGCUAUUGCAGGACGUACAGCAACCUGGACGAUUCUUUAAAAAAGGAGGUUACAUUCUUUCAGCAGAAGGCCAAGGAAUGGGCUGAGCAUGAAGAUUUCCUUCUAGCGCUGCAAGUCAAUGAAGAUGAAUACAAGAAAGAUGGGCAGCUGAUUGAGUGCGGCUGCUGCUACGGGGAGUUUGCCUUUGAGAAAAUGACGCAAUGUUCAGACGGUCACCUGUUCUGUCAAGAGUGCCUCGUCAAAUACGCUCAGGAGGCGGUGUUUGGUACCGGAAAGUCCCAGCUGAGCUGCAUGGAGUCAGGCUGCACGUGCUCGUACCCAGUGGCUGAACUGGAGAAGGUCCUACCAGAGAACAUCCUCUACAAAUAUUACGAGAGGCAGGCAGAGGAGGCCAUCGCUGCCACAUGCGCGGAUGAAUUAGUGAGAUGUCCAUUUUGCAACUUCCCGGCCUUAUUGGACAAAGCAAUGUCUCUCUUCAGCUGCCCCAACCCUCGCUGUCGCAAGGAAAGCUGCCGGAAAUGCCACGUGCAAUGGAAGCUGCAUUCAGGAAAGACGUGCAAGCAAGUCUUGGAGAAAGACGAGAUCCGCAUGAGGGUGCUCUUCGAGGAGCGCAUGACGGAAGCCCGUGUCAGGAAGUGUGUCAAGUGCGGCACUGGACUGGUCAAGUCGGAGGGCUGCAACCGCAUGUCGUGUCGCUGUGGCAGCUUCAUGUGCUACCUCUGCCGAGAGCCCAUUGCUGGCUACAACCACUUCUGCCAGCACGCUCGUUCGCCGGGCGCUCCCUGUCGCCAAUGCAUGAAGUGCUCCCUGUGGACGGAUCCCACGCAAGAUGACGAGCGAAUCAUUCAAAAUAUCCAGAAGGAAGGAGAAGUGCAGCUGAAUAAGAAGUUUUCAGACAAUUUGGGUAAGAAAGUAGGCCCUCCCAUCGAGGCUCCUGUCAUCGAGGCCAAGCGGCCACGAGUGGGUCCGCCCCCUGAACCUCAACUUGCGCCUGUGCCGCCGCCCCAUGUGGUCGUACCCCCUCUUCUCCAAGCGGUACAAGGUCCUAUCUUAGUGCCCCAACAUCUGGCCCAGGGUCAGAUGUUUAUGCCACCGGCGCCGUACGUGCCGCCCCCUUUGAAUAACAACCACCAGCACCACUAUGAACAUUAUCACCACCACCAUCACAAUAACAAUCUUCACGACAACCCUCGUCAGCCGCAUAACCUGCACAUGUUUGACUUGCCCAUGCACUAUGGGCCCGCCCAUCGCCAUUACAGACACUACUAACACACACACACACACACACACGGGGUUUCAGAGCUGUAUGUUGUUUUUUCAUGCGCUGGCCUUUUGCUACUAUGCCACACAUCUUUACUCGUUACAUUGUUCUUGCGUUCACAUAAAGAAAACACUUGGCCUUCUCAUGCUGAAUCAUGUUCUCACUCAUUUUGCCCUUUUUCCACUUAUCCGUCGCGUUAAAAAAAAAGAGGAGGGUUCAGGUUCUAAGACUUUGUCAGCACUGUUGUUGUAGCAGAUUUUGUUUCUGUACUGCAAAGAAUCAAGCAUUCCCUUCUGUGCAUUUGAAGCCACGCAGUUUUCUAAUAAAAGUUUGUUGU